CUGCAGACUUCACACCAAUCAACACUUGCUGUCGGCCCGUGGAGAAGGGAUAGGAAUUCCACGUGGGGGAAGUCUCGGACUACUUGAGAGCUCUCAAUCCUCUUCUCGCUCUCUGUCUGUACUUUGCGAAUGGAGUGAGCUGCAAAAGUACAAGGGACAUGUCAGUUGCGAACAGAUCAAGCGAGAUCACCUCAGGUCCCCAAACUCCGAAAGUCGCUGCCCGAAAGCACCGCUCGGCCACAGCCGCGUUUAUUAAAAAAAUAUGGCGAAAUAGUGUCCUUCGCGUUACCAGGCCCCGGGCGAGUUUUUCGAACCUGCGCAGCAUUGCUGAGACCGAAGCCGCGGAGGCGAAGCCAUCUUCUUUACGACAUGCGUUUUCCUGUUCCGACCUCGAGCACGACGAGGAAUGCGAAGUAGCUCCUCACCCUUCUGAAUGCAAAGAUGCCGAAUCAAAUGGCUCCCUUAGCGAUAUUAGUAGAGCGACACGCGGUGAUGAAGAGGGAAACGUUCCUGAGGCAAUAAUUCAAGAACUGGAAUCAUUGAUCGAUGAAGCCAAGUCAAAAGCGCAAGCUAUUCUUCCCCCAGUUGCAGUGUUAUCUCACUCGGCAAGACAAUCAGAAGCUUCCCUAGAGGGUGUGCACGACGCUGAAGAGGUCACCGAGGUGGAUGUCCCCACGCAGUCGAACGAUGAUGAUGAGGUAAUCAUUGUCAUUGAAGAGGAUGCCCUAGCUUACGAUGAUGAGGUGGAAUGGGAAGACGCGGACUGGGAAGAUGCCGAAGCACGAUCGGGUCUCACUUGGCGAAGGAAGUCCAUGCGAUCAAUUUACACAGACGCUGGCAGCGUCUCGGGAAUGUGGGUAGAUGAAUGUGACGAAGCGACGCAUUGCGAUGCUGAAGUGCUGCCACACCGGCCACCGAAAAGCAAAAGGCGACGCUCACAACGUGCGACUCGACGAUUUUCAACCUUCCGGGUUAUGCGUCGACGGAGUACCGCAUCGAGCAAAUUUAUCACUUCGACAGUCAUCCCACGAGCCGAUGCAAACGAUUUCAAUAAGCGUAAGUCGAAGCGAUAUUCGCGCAUCUCCAUCGACAAAUCUUUGUAUCGACGCAGCGUAUAUGGUGACACACGAAGGCAAUCCCAGCUCUCUGUCUUAUAUUCGGAGGCUGACGAAGAAGGAUGGAGAAGAAAGCGACAUGAUUCAAUUGGACACUCCAGUAACUUUACUAAGCAGUCUAGGUCAUCUGCCGUGGAGUUACAGCCGGAUGGACGCUCACGGCAGAGUAUUGGCCACAGGUCGCGGCUUUCAUUCGCCUCACGUCGAAGGAGUAGUGCAGGGACUGGUGUAUCGGUUGAACCAACCAAACUCCCUGCAUUCUUGUCCGUUUACGAUCAUUUGAUUGCGCAACAUACUGCGAAGGAAAAAGGACAAUCUCCACGCGAGGUGCAACCUGUAACCAAUAACCGCCGCGCCUCGCGCAUGUCGCGGCGCAUAUCGCGCAUAUCGCACCGGCGCUUCGACAGUAUCAAAAAGCUGGACGAGCUCCUGGAUGACAUUGCCGCGUACUCAUUUAAUAACAUUGCCAUUUACGAAGAUUUGGACGACGCGUAUGCUUGGGAAGCUGAUGGCUAUCCGGAAGGGGACGUUUCAUCCAUCUUGGAGGAUGGAAACGAGGCCGUGUCUCCCGCUCAAAGUGAGAUGGUCCCUACCCUGAUAGCCGACACCUGCUCCUCUUCUACAGCAUGUGAAAGAGAUACCUCUGAAAUCGUCGACAAGCAGACGAUACCUCAUAUUUGCAGCUUACCUUCACCGCCGACAUCAACUGAUAGUGCAUCCGUCACUGGCAAACCGAUCAUAAUAGUGGACCUGCCUCCGUCCCCGCCCCGGUCAGACGAUUCAGAUUUUGUGUUCACCAUAACCCAAGAUACCCAUUCUGGAAGCUCUGAUCAGGCAGACGUUUCCAGUAGCUCGUCGCCAAGAAUCUCCAACGAUUCCCGCUCCACCAAGGCAUCGAGGGCGAUAUCGGUGGUUGAACCAGAUGCUUUGUCGCAGAAUACACCCGUUCAAGAAUCUUUACCAGAGGAGGAUUCGACUCAGAUUAACUGUAGGGCAUCGAUAUCAGACAACCACCUACACCCAGAAUCUUUCCAGACCCGGCCCAAGAAGAAAGGCAUGCGACGCGUGUACUCCCGUGUCCGCCGUGUAGUGAUUCGGAAGCGUGAGCAGCCUGCCAUGGAAGUAAAACCGACGUUAGAGACGACAGACACCCAACCCAUUAUUGGAAGAUUCUCGUACUCCUCUACGCCCUCAAUUCUCAAAGUCGAACCUAUAUCGCCACCCUCCCCGCUAACUGUUCGCAAACACACACCAGAAAAGAAGCCGUCCUUGAAGAGAUUUGUUAACAAAGUUCGCACCAUAGUAUUUUAAGUAUUUUGAAGUAUUUGAUAUAUAUAUAAAAGUUUUGAAGUAGGGUAUUUUUGGUAGUCUGUAGUAGGAAUUCCCCCGCCCUUAAGGCUAGUUAUCCCAGCAUAUUUUUUUUGCGGAAAAUUCCGUUCAUAUUUUGUACAGAGUAUUUGAAGUUGUCUCCUUUGUCUCAUUCAAUAGGGAUCGUCCUAAAAGUACA